CAAUGCCACUGAAGUUGAUGUGAGCUGCGCGCAUCCGUCGCCGUCUUUCGGCAGCCCUGUCCUAGGACCUACCUAGGUUCACAGCCAAAACAAAAUUACCUUAGACCGUUCCAUUGUGCUUGUACCUGCCUCUUACUGUUCUGCCCGUCAGGUACUAAAUCAGCCAAGUAACUCUCGUAGACGGAGCACGUACCUCGUUCGUACUCUCCUUCCGCCUACCACUAAACCACUGUAACUACUUCUUCCGACGCGGCUUGACCACCGACUCUACCUUCCUUACCUGAGGUGCCUACCAGGAAAAAAAAACCACUCCUUGUGCUUGUGCCUGGCAACUGCCUCCGCUCACCCUUUCCCGACUUGCCUUGCCCUGUAUCCCUCGUCUCUUUUCUCCUUCUCCCCUUAUUCCUUCCUUCUUUUUACCGGCCCUCCCACCCCUUCUUCUACCCUGCCUCUUCCCUCUCUCUCUCCUCCUUCUCUCUUCUUCUCUCCACAAUGAGUGCUCAAGAACCCCUCCCCUCUACCACAAACUCAUCCUCAGCGAUAAACAACACCACGUCUACCGCUGUCGCUAGCCAAGAUGCCUCGGGACGACAGCCCUCCUCCUCCGCCGCCGGUUCCUCCGAACUCUCCGGUGCAAAGAUAAGCCUGCGCAAGUCGCUGCGAAGCUUCCCCGACUUCCCUAUCCCGGGUAUCAACUUUGUCGAUAUUAUGCCUCUCUUCGCCGACCCAACCGCCCAUGCCACCCUUGUCGAUGCUCUCGAACUUCAGAUCGCCGAGGCUUUCCCCACCAAGCCUGAUGUUAUCGUAGGCCUUGACGCCCGUGGCUUCCUCUUCGGCCCUGGUCUUGCGCUCCGCCUCGGUGUUUCUUUUGCUGCUGUCCGCAAGCAGGGCAAGCUCCCUGGGCCUUGUGCUACCGCAGAGUAUGUGAAAGAGUAUGGCAAGGAUCUGUUCCAGAUGCAGGAAGACGCCGUCCGUGAGGGCCAGAAGGUCCUUAUUGUGGACGACAUCAUUGCUACGGGUGGUUCUGCAAAGGCUGCAGCUGAACUCGUCCAGCAGCUCAAGGGCGAGGUCAUCGGAUACUUGUUUAUUCUUGAGAUCCCUGGUCUGAACGGCCAGGAGAAGCUCGGCACUGCUCCUGUCAAGAUUCUUCUUGAAGAUGCUUAAGUGGCUGAUGCCAGGCUUCCUCUAUUUUCGAUCCCACUUCCAGCGAUAACGCGAUACCGGGCCAUCAAUCGACUUCUGGUGUGCCUCAUCGUGGCGCAUUUGUGAGAGUUUUUGUUAGACCUGGAGAGUCUGUUUUUGCUCUAUUUGUUUUCGAAGUGUUGGCGGCGGUAGUGACCAAAUUUUACAGCAAUUCACUUUAUUUUACUAAGUGAGAUCUAUAUUGGUUGGCGUUUUGUGGAUGGCUUUUUCACGACUCAACAACAGCAAAAGUCUUUUCGGGUUCGUGCAUAUAGAAUGGGGGUUUUGGAGGAUACCUUGAUAUAGCCAUAUAAAGAAAGAUCGCAAACUAAUAAUCAUAAAUGCCGGUAUGGUCUGCCCAUCUUCUGGGUGCUUUGCCAUCAUGAGACAAUCAUUACAUGCCCUGUAGGGGCAUCAUACCACCUACAGCUAGGAUAAUUCUAGAAUUUAUGAGUAGGUCUCUAGGUGGGAUUUAUAAGUCUCAAAUGAGCUUACAAGCAAAGCUUUGAUUGCCAAAACGUAUCAUACAAAGAGAUAUCUAUCUCCUGUUUUCCUCAAAGCUUGAAGGUAUCGUGCGCUAUCAAAAACAGCCAUAUACAAAGUUGACGAUAAAAGCCACCAAAAAUAACUCCGAGACAUGCAUAUGAACUCUAUGCGUUCGUUAUAAGACAAUGGCGUUCUCUAUCAACAUCCCUUGACUCUCCACCACGUACUUGCGCCGCAUACCUACACCCUUAGCCUCACCGAAACGUUCAUAAUCACCCUUGGCUCCACGCAUGAGAACGAGAGGCACGCCGUUGAGACGCCCCAUGCCUCGGGGUGUCACUUGCGCCGUGGUCAGCAAGGGGCGAACAAUAUCAUCAGGGCCUUCUUCUGAAUCGUCACCCUCAUCAAUCACAAUCACAAGUUGUAGUGUGUGUGGCGAUGCCGGAAAGCUUGGUAUGCGCUCUAGCUUUUCGCUAAAUGAGCAGCCGCCACGACGAAUGACAAUUAUCUGAUGUUGGCGAGACGAUGACUCGGGCAAGGGGGUACCACACGCUUGACCGCCGAGGAAGACGGUUUUCCAGGGAAAGUUGGCGACGGGCUUGCGGGAGUUGUAGCUGGGUGAACCGACCAUGGGUGUGUCGAUGAUGGGCGGCAGAGGAAAAGCGCCGGGGCCGGUAGAUGUGUAAGCCGUCCAACGGAGUAUAGUGGGGCCAGGACCAUCCGCCUCCGUCUCCGGGAGAUCGGUAUAUGCGGGUUCAAAGACGGAGCUCACGGCACGGAGAAGCGACUUGAGGAGCGAUUCCGAAGGAAGAGCCGCAUGACUCGGAAGAAUCUCACUGGAUAUGUUGACGCCCUGGGCGGGUGCUGGAGCACUGGCAUUCGACUUUUCUGGUGUAUCGAGGAGAAGGUCUAUCUCAACGAUAUCCUUUCGUCGGAUACAAGUAAAUGCAUCGUCUUUGUAAGCUCUCACAUGCUCUGCAUGGAAAAAGACAUUCUCGUGACGACCAAGUUCUCUACUUGCCGCGUGUGUAAUCCUCCAGGAUCGAUCUGCAACCUUGCCGCCCUUCUGCUGUUCCAGCUGAAGCCGCAGGCCAUCAAGGUUGCGGACCGUUGGUCCGUUGUGGCUGUACCAUACGAGAGACGUCCCG